AAGCCCAAACCUUUACUCUUUACAAGCGACUUGAGAGAAAAGAAGAAGAGGAGAGAGUGAAAGAUGGAAGAAGCUUUCAUGGCGAUGCUCUCACACCUCCUUCACCUCCAAAACUCUCUAGACCCAACAAGCACAAUCUUCUCUUCCUCAUCCGCCUCCACAUCUUCACCAUCUCCAACCACACCUUCCUCACUCCUCACAUCCUCCUCCGCAGCGCCUCUCCUCUUCUUCACACUCGCAUCUCUCCUCUCAUUCCUCUCCGUCGCCAGAUCCUCCUCCAAUUCCUCCUCCUCCUCCCAACAAUCCCCAUCCCCUCCUCCGCCUCUCCCCGACGGCGACUACUCCGUCUCCGCCUUCCGCGCCCUAGCCAACGACCACAUCUGGGCCCUCGACGCCCCGCUCCGCGACGCACGCUGGCGAUCCCUCUACGGCCUCUCCUACCCGGUCUUCACCACCGUCGUCGAAAAGCUCCAGCCUUUCAUCGCCGCCUCAAACCUCUCCCUCCCCGCCGACUACGCCGUCGCCAUGGUCCUCUCCCGCCUUGCCCACGGCUGCUCUUCCAAAACCCUCGCCUCCCGCUACUCCCUAGAUCCCUACCUCAUCUCCAAGAUCACCAACAUGGUCACCCGCCUCCUCGCCACCAAGCUCUACCCCGAGUUCAUCAAGAUCCCCGUCGGCAAACGCCGCUUGAUCGAAACCACUCAGGGCUUCGAGGAGCUCACCUCUCUCCCCAACAUCUGCGGAGCCGUAGACAGCACUCCCGUCAAGCUCAGACGCCGCACCAAGAAGCUCAACAACAACCCUAGAAACAUUUACACCAGCAGGUACGGAUACGACGCCGUUUUGCUCCAGGUCGUGGCUGAUCACAAGAAGAUCUUCUGGGACGUCUGCGUCAAGGCACCGGGAGGAGAGGAGGACUCUUCUCACUUCAGAGACAGUCUCCUCUACAAGAGGCUUACCUCUGGUGACAUUGUGUGGGAGAAAGUCAUCAACGUUAGAGGUCAUCACGUGAGGCCUUACAUUGUUGGUGACUGGUGUUACCCUCUUCUCUCCUUCCUGAUGACGCCGUUUUCUCCCAACGGCGCUGGCUCGCCUCCCGAGAAUCUGUUCGACGGGAUGCUGAUGAAAGGGAGGUCGGUGGUUGUGGAGGCUAUUGGGUUGCUCAAGGCUAGGUGGAAGAUUCUUCAGAGCUUGAACGUUGGAGUCAACCAUGCUCCUCAGACUAUUGUGGCGUGUUGUGUGUUGCAUAACUUGUGUCAGAUUGCUAGGGAGCCUGAGCCGGAGCUGUGGAAAGAUCCUGAUGAAGCUGGACCGCCUGCUAGGGUUUUGGAGAGUGAGAGGCAGUUUUAUUAUUAUGGGCAGAGUUUGAGGCAAGCGUUGGCUGAUGAUUUGCAUCAGAGGCUCUCUUCAAGGUAAAAGAAGAAAAAAAAGACAUGACAGUUGGGAACUUUUGUCAUCAUUGUCAUUGUAAGAUUUAGAUAGCUUUUGUAGAUUCAACCCUCUUGAGAAAGGGAUGUUCUUAAUCUGGAUCAACAUCACUAUUGUAUUUCAACUUUCUAGGUCUAGUACUCUUUUCUUAUGUUUGAACUUUUGCAUUAUAGACAUGGGAAUGUGUCUGAAUACAAUUCUGUUUUCUAGUUC